AUGGGCAAGAUUGAUGUCGAUAAGAUGGAUUUGGUGAAGUAUCCCGGCUGGGUGGAUGUCCAAUGGAGCUAUGCCGACUUACAUCCGGGAGACUGCCUUUACAUCCCGUUCCAAUGGUAUCAUCAGGUUACUGCGCAGAAGGGGCGUUCAAUCAACGUCCAUGUGUGGUAUUGGCGGCCUGCAGCCUUCAACUCGGCAAGCUGUGACAAGGAGCAACAAGCAGUGACCACCUUUGCAGACUGCAGCUGGGGCUACGAACCCAACGGAGGGCAUCUGGGCAAAGUGAAGAAAGGAUGGAAGAAGCCGACGAAGUGCAAGAAGGUGAAGAAUGUGAAGAAGUCUGACGAGUUGUAA